AUGACAGAUGCUGGAGUCGUGUGCAGACAGCUGGGCUGUGGGACGGCAUUAGCAGCCCCAGAUGGGGCUCACUUUGGGCAAGGAUCUGACCCCAUCUGGCUGGUUGACGUGAACUGCACAGGGACAGAAGCUGCCCUCUCCGAUUGCAGAGCUCGGCCAUGGGAAGAGAAUUACUGUGACCACGGAGAAGAUGCCGGUGUUGUGUGCUCAGACUCAGGCAUCUCAGAAGUGACUCAGCUCCGACUGGUGAAUGGUUCGAGUCGCUGCGCUGGGAGAGUCGAGUUGCUUCACAACCAGCUGUGGGGAACCGUAUGUGAUUACAGCUGGGACAUGACUGAUGCUGGAGUCGUGUGCAGACAGCUGGGCUGUGGGACGGCAUUAGCAGCUGCUCACUUUGGGCAAGGAUCUGACCCCAUCUGGCUGGUUGACGUGAACUGCACAGGGACAGAAGCUGCCCUCUCCGAUUGUGGGGCUCGGCCUUGGGGAGAGAAUUACUGUGACCAUGGAGAAGAUGCCGGUGUUGUGUGCUCAGGCCCCUCCCCCUCCCUCCGACUGGUGAAUGGCCCGAGUCGCUGCGCUGGGAGGGUCGAGGUGCUUCACAACCAGCAGUGGGGAACCGUGUGUGAUGACAGCUGGGACAUAACUGAUGCUGGAGUCGUGUGCAGGCAGCUGGGCUGUGGGACGGCGUUAUCAGCCCCAGGAGGGGCUCGAUUUGGGCGAGGGUCAGACCGUAUCUGGCUGGAUGACCUCAACUGCGCAGGAACCGAAGUUGCCCUCUCCGAAUGCAAUGCUCUGCCUUGGGGAGAGAAUGACUGUCACCACGGAGAAGAUGCCGGUGUUGUGUGCUCAGGGAGCAAUAUGGCGGUUCCACUCCGACUGGUGAACGGCCCGAGUGGCUGCGCUGGGAGAGUCGAGGUGCUUCACAACCAGCAGUGGGGAACCGUGUGUGAUGACAGCUGGGACUUACAGGAUGCCCGAGUCGUGUGCAGGCAGUUGGGCUGUGGGACGGCGUUAUUAGCCCCAGGAGGGGCUCGAUUUGGGCGAGGAUCGGACCUUAUCUGGCUGGAUGACGUCAACUGCGCAGGGACAGAAGCUGCCCUCUUUGAUUGCAGGGCUCGGCCUUGGGGAGACAAUAACUGUAACCACGGAGAAGAUGCCGGUGUUGUGUGCUCAGGGCUGUCAAAACUGGCUCAGCUCCGACUGGUGAAUGGCCCAAGUCGCUGUGCUGGGAGAGUCGAGGUGCUUCACAACCAGCAGUGGGGAACCGUGUGUGAUGACAGCUGGGACAUAACUGAUGCUGGAGUCGUGUGCAGGCAGCUGGGCUGUGGGACGGCGUUAUCAGCCCCAGGAAGGGCUCGAUUUGGGCGAGGAUCAGACCCUAUCUGGCUGGAUGACGUCAACUGCGCAGGGACAGAAGCUGCCCUCUCCGAAUGCAGGGCUCGGCCUUGGGAAGAGAAUAACUGUAACCACGGAGAAGAUGCCGGUGUUGUGUGCUCAGACGCUGGCAGCUCAGAAGUGGCUCAGAUCCGACUGGUGAACAGCAGGAGUCACUGCGCUGGGAGGGUCGAGGUGCUUCACAACCAGCAGUGGGGAACCGUGUGUGAUGACAACUGGGACUUACAGGAUGCUGGAGUCAUAUGCAGGCAGCUGGGCUGUGGAACGGCAUUAUCAGCCCCAGGAGGGGCUCGAUUUGGGCGAGGGUCAGACCCUAUCUGGCUGGAUGAGGUCAAUUGCACAGGGACAGAAGUUGCCCUCUCCGAUUGCAGGGCUCGGCCUUGGGGAGAGAAUAACUGUAACCACAGAAAAGAUGCCGGUGUUGUGUGCUCAGACGCUGGCAUCUCAGAAGUGGCUCAGAUCCGACUGGUGAACAGCAGAAGUCGCUGCGCUGGGAGGGUCGAGGUGCUUCACAACCAGCUGUGGGGAACUGUGUGCGAUGACAGCUGGGACCUACAGGAUGCCGGAGUCGUAUGCAGGCAGCUGGGCUGUGGGACGGCAUUAUCAGCCCCAGUAGGGGCUGGAUUUGGGCGAGGGUCAGACCGUAUCUGGCUGGAUAACGUCAACUGCACAGGGACAGAAGUUGCCCUCUCCGACUGCAGGGCUCGGCCUUGGGGAGAGAAUGACUGUACCCAUGGAGAAGAUGCCGGUGCUGUGUGCUCAGCAAUUCCUCUGGCCAGUCCACUCCGUCUGGUGAACGGCCCGAGUCGCUGUGCUGGGAGAGUUGAGGUGCUUCACAACCAGCAGUGGGGAACCGUGUGUGAUGACAGCUGGGACAUAACUGAUGCCGGAGUUGUGUGCAGGCAGUUGGGCUGUGGGACGGCGUUAUCAGCCCCAGGAGAGGCUCGAUUUGGGCGAGGAUCAGACCGUAUCUGGUUGAAUGACGUCAACUGUGCAGGGACAGAAGCUGCCCUCUUCGAUUGCGGGGCUCGGCCUUGGGGAGAGAAUAACUGUAACCACAGAGAAGAUGCCAGUGUUGUGUGCUCAGGUAACCCAGAAGUGACUCAGCUCCGACUGGUGAACGGCCUGAAUCGCUGUGCUGGGAGGGUCGAGGUGCUUCACAACCAGCAGUGGGGAACCGUGUGUGAUGACAGCUGGGACAAAACUGAUGCUGGAGUUGUGUGCAGGCAGUUGGGCUGUGGGACGGCGUUAUUAGCCCCAGGAGGGGCUCGAUUUGGGCGAGGAUCGGACCGUAUCUGGCUGGAUGACGUCAACUGCGCAGGGACAGAAGCUGCCCUCUUUGAUUGCAGGGCUCGGCCUUGGGGAGACAAUAACUGUAACCACGGAGAAGAUGCCGGUGUUGUGUGCUCAGGUAUCUCAGAAGUGGCUCAGAUCCGACUGGUGAACAGCCCGAGCCGCUGCGCUGGGAGGGUCGAGGUGCUUCACAACCAGCAGUGGGGAACCGUGUGUGAUGACAGCUGGGACUUACAGGAUGCUGGAGUCAUAUGCAGGCAGCUGGGCUGUGGGACGGCGUUAUCAUCCCCAGGAGGGGCUCGAUUUGGGCAAGGAUCUGACCAUAUUUGGCUGGAUGACAUUCACUGCACAGGGACAGAAGCUGCCCUCUCUCAUUGCAGGGCUCGGCCUUGGGGAGAGAAUAACUGUAACCACAGAAAAGAUGCCAGUGUUGUGUGCUCAGACGCUGGCAUCUCAGAAGUGGCUCAGAUCCGACUGGUGAACAGCAGGAGUCGCUGCGCUGGGAGGGUCGAGGUGCUUCACAACCAGCUGUGGGGAACCGUGUGUGAUGAUAGCUGGGACCUACAGGAUGCCGGAGUUGUGUGCAGGCAGCUGGGCUGUGGGACGGCGUUAUCAGCCCCAAGAGGGGCUCGAUUUGGGAAAGGAUCUGACCAUAUCUGGCUGGAUAAUGUGAACUGUACAGGGACAGAAGUUGCCCUCUCCGAUUGCAGGGCUCGGCCUUGGGGAGACAAUAACUGUACCCACGGAGAAGAUGCUGGUGUUGUGUGCUCAGGUAACUUGCAUCCAUUACGUCACUGGCUCGGCCUUGGGGAGAGAAUAACUGUAACCACAGAAAAGAUGCUGGUGUUGUGUGCUCAGGAGGUGCAAUCACUCCUCGCUCUAGGGGCAAUAGAGGAGGUUCCUCAGGAGUUCAGGGGCAAGAGGUUCUACUCCCGCUAUUUCCUCAUCCCCAAGGCCAAGGGUGGGCUCCAGCCUAUCCUGGAUCUGGACCCUUGUCAUGAACGACUCCUCUUGCAGGAGGUGCAAUCACUCCUCGCUCUAGGGGCAAUAGAGGAGGUUCCUCAGGAGUUUAGGGGCAAGAGGUUCUACUCCCGCUAUUUCCUCAUCCCCAAGGCCAAGGGUGGGCUCCAGCCUAUCCUGGAUCUGUGA